GCUGCUUUGGGAACUCCUUUUUUAUAUAUACAUCUUGAGAACUCUGUGAUAACACUAUGGCACGUUGGAUUUCAGCGGGGAUGCUUUCUUUGUCCCUGGUUCUCUUGCUUUUCUCCUGCCUGGCGGUUUCCACUGUAACCAUCACCACAGAGCGGCGUGCCGUGGACGGCGACGUCAGGACUCUGAGCAGUGGCAGAGGCUCUGCUGCAGCCGGUAAAGCCAGCGCCACUCUGCUCCUCCUGACUGGCUACAAGUCGGCGCCGGUGCCUGCUGGGCCCAAAGUGGCGCCGAAAGCAGCCGAGGUAGAAGAUGGAGACGAUCACCCGGAAAUGGCCGAACUGCCCCCGAAGCCCCUUCCCCAGACCAUGUUGCCAAGAAACAUGACGGCCGACGCCCUGAAGCCCCCGCUCGGCGCCGCCCAGGUGGCUCCGCCCCCCCGGCAGCUGGUGGACGUGGACGUGUGCAGGGGUUACUUUGACGUGAUGGGUCACUUCGACAGCACGUUCAACUGCUCCCAGGGCAGCUACAUCUACUGCUGCGGCACCUGCCACUACCGGUUCUGCUGCGAGCACCAGAGGAACCGACUGGACCAGGACGCCUGCAACAACUACAACUCCCUGUGGGCCGACCCCCAGGUGCCCGUGACCGUGCCCGCCGGCAAGAAGCACGUCCCCGAUUUCGAGACACUGGAGCAGCAGAACAACAGCACGGCUUACGUGAUCGGAGGGGUGAUCUCCUUCACGCUGGUGGUGGCGGUGGGCGUCAGGAUCGCCUUCAGCAAGGUGGCGCGUCGACCCCGCAACAGAGACAUCAACAUGCCCAGGUCUCUGGUGGAUAUCUUGCGCCACCAGUCGAGCCCCGUGCAGCAGGGCGAGAGGAACAACACCACGGUGCUGACCACCACCACCUCGGACGGACGCACAUCUAAAAACCUCUACACCCCCAUCCUGCAGAGCAAAGACAACCGCACUGGGAACUUGCACCACCAUUUUAACCAGCAGGGGUCUGCUUCCAGCCAACACUCUGCUACCAUCGAGCGUGGACCCCGCAUGAACAACACCCCGCAGCUCUCCUCCGGUCCCAAACUGAUUUCCAGCAGCAGCAAAGGUCCUGGAGGGGUCGGCGUGGGAGGCGGCGGCAUCAUGGGAGGGGGCAUGAGACACAACAGCAGCCACCCGUCGUUCUCGCACUCCUUCCACAACCUGGCCCAGCUGCCGCCGUCCUACGAGGCCGCCAUGAAGCCCGAGAUCAGCCGCUACAGCUCCCUGAAGAGGCUGGAGAAAGAGCUUGACGAGUACAACUACCACUCCUCCAAACGCCGCUCCAACAACGCCCCGCCCUCCUUCCACUCGUCGCAGCACCACCUGCCCUGGGGAGGGGACUACACGCUGGGGUCCAGGGGCACGCUGCCCCUCCACGGCUCCCGCCCCCACCUCCACAUCCCGGCCUCCACUCCCAACCCGUACCCGCUGCCCGCCCAGUCGCAGUACACCAACUCCAGCUUCGACCGGCCGCCGCGCCGCGUCCGCUCCCAGGACCAGCUGCUGGCGCUGGGCGAGGGCAACACGCUGUCCCGCCUGUCCAAGAACCAGCAACACCAGUACUACAAAGCCAUGAUGAGCACCAGCAGGAGCUCCACGUCGCAGACGCUCCGCAGGUCACACGAGCGGCUCCUGGUCUCCCCGGACCGCCUGGAGGACCGGCUGCUGGCCAUGGGCCUGGUGAUCGGAGGAGGAGGAGACAGAGGAGUGGACAGAGGAGGCAGCGGCAUGGUUCCCACCAUGGGCCGCCUCAGCCACCAGAAGGCCCAGUCGCAGCAGAACAUCUGCGUCACGCCGUCCAUGGACCGCCACCACAUGAUCAAGAUGAACUCCCACCCCACGUCCGGCCACGAGCACGACCGCGGCCCCAUGCCCGGGAUGAGCAUGCACGGCGGCUGGGACCCCCACGGCGGCGGCGGAGGAGGGGGGACGGGCGGAGGACACCCCAACGCCCGGCGCAUGGCGUUCGCCAGCAAGAGGCAGAACACCAUCGAACAGCUGCACUUCCUCCCCGGAGGAGGGCAGGGACUGCGGACUGGGAGCAAGAACGAGGUGACCGUGUGAGCGAGGAAGAGCAAGAGGAAGAGGAAGAGGUGAAGUUGUACAGAAGCCGACGGCUUGAGAGGGAGGCGGCGAGGUGUUUGCGGGACGAUGGAGCGGAAGA